GCACCGGCUGAGGCUCACUCCUCCGGCGUCGCGCGCAGGCGGAGGCAGUCGGGCAGUGUAGUCGAGCCUCAAAUGCGGUCGCACGUAUGGACCGGCGCGCGUAGCUAACCUCCGGGAUUCCUCACCACCGACGAGCCCGUUUCGGCAUCUUUGUGGGGGGGGGCUCCGUCUCUCCCUCCAGACUGCGUCAGGCCAACCCCGGUCGAGGAGGAGAAAAGCGGGGCUCCGGUGCGGCGAAGAGGCGGUGGCGGCCAAGUGUCCUCGAUGGCGGGCUGGAAGGACGCCUCGGUGCAGGAGAAGUACCGGUUGGUCGUCGUCGGAGGCGGCGGGGUGGGCAAGUCGGCCCUGACGAUCCAGUUUAUUCAGUCCUACUUUGUCACGGACUAUGACCCCACGAUUGAGGACUCCUACACCAAGCAGUGUGUGAUUGACGAAAGGGCUGCGAGGUUGGACAUUCUCGACACGGCUGGGCAGGAAGAGUUUGGAGCCAUGAGAGAACAAUACAUGAGGACGGGGGAGGGCUUCCUGCUCGUCUUCUCGGUCACUGACAGAGGAAGCUUUGAAGAAAUCUAUAAAUUCCAAAGACAAAUUCUGCGAGUCAAAGACAGAGAUGAAUUCCCGAUGAUCCUUGUAGGGAACAAAGCCGAUCUGGAACUACAGAGACAAGUAACCCAAGAAGAAGGCCAGCAGCUGGCCAGACAGUUGAAGGUCACGUACAUGGAGGCUUCAGCCAAAAUUCGUAUGAACGUCGACCAGGCUUUCCACGAGCUGGUUAGAGUAAUUAGAAAGUUCCAAGAACAAGAAUGUCCACCGUCGCCGGAACCGACAAGAAAAGAGAAAGACAAGAGCGGCUGCCAUUGUGUGAUCGUCUGAGUUGGCCUUAUCACCGUAACUCAUGCAGCUACUGUCCGUUGCCCCGCCCACUCUGCCUGACAUCGCAUCCCGACGUGGAUGACGUACCGCUGCCUUCUCCACCACGUGCAUGAUUCCAGACGGCUCCGCCCCCAUCUCUGGGAACUCGGGGUCGCUGCGCCCAGGACGUGACUACGGACGUGUGACGAUGCCAAAAUCGAAACAAAUCACCACUCUACCUUCAGCCAUAGCCCAAUUUACAUGACUAAACAUUGCCUUCUAGAUCAGACCGACCAAUUCAUGUUUUGUACGCGGGAAGGACUUCUCUUGCCUUGUAGUGAUUUGUACUUGCUGCCGAGAUUGAAUGACGCAAACAAACAAAAAAAGAUAUAUAUAUAUAUAUAUAUCCCGAAUGUUAACGAGUUUCUUUCAAGUGUCUGAUGGAGCAGAGAGAUUAUUUUAUGAAGCCUCGAGUAUGUUGUGCCAUCUUUUGUCCCAUGUGCUAAUCUGCUACUGUACAUACGUGAGAUUUGUUGUGAUUUUUAAAGUGUAUUUCUAAUAACUAUUAAAUCGCCACAGUACAGUGUGUGAGGUUGGUUUUGCAUAUAUGAAAGUGACUAUAUAAUGAUGUAUGUACAGUAAAUGAUGCCUAGACAAGCCCUUAGCUACAAUGAAACAACUUUUAGAUUCUUUACCUUUUUUGUGGCUUCUGCUUCCAUCUCAAUUGCCAAAUAUAGAAUGUCUGCAGUG